UGGAAAGUACAACAAAAAAAAUUAAGUAUGUACGUUUAUGUGUGUGAAAAUUUAUAAAACCACAGUGUAAUAAAACGAGGGUAAUAGUUUUUAUAAAUUUACGAUAGAAAUAGAAUAAUGUUAAUUUGUUAUUUAAAUGUAGUCUUAUAGAUAAAUUCUUGCAGCCAAUGUAUGACUUUAUUUUUUAUCUAUAUAUUUAGAAAAAAAUAAUAAAAAUUUACGAUUUUUGAUCUCUAAAAUAUUAACCACUUUUCUUUCUAUUUUGUAAAGGAAACAAACAGUUUUCUACUAGGUUUUUAGUUCAUCUCUUGUUUUUUUUUUCCUAUAUUGUGGUCCCAUAAAAGGUGUCAAUUAUAUCAAGCAAAGGAUUAUAAAAGUUUUACACCCGAAAUCGCCAAUCACAUUUACUCUCAUUUUAUAAUAAUUUCUCCAUCAUCUUCCUUCCUCUAUCACCUUAUAGAACCUUCACAUGUCAUAAUACUCCCUAUAUUUACAGCAAUCUAUAGCCUCUUUUCUCAAAAAAAGAAAAAAUCAGUUGCUUCUUAUUUCUUCAUUACUCUUAUAUAUCAAUUGCUUCAUUCAUAUGCAUAUUAUAUAUAAGUAUGAGAAGACAUUCCUGUUGUUAUAAGCAAAAGCUUAGAAAAGGACUUUGGUCUCCUGAAGAAGAUGAGAAACUUCUCAAUUACAUAACUAGACAUGGUCAUGGCUGUUGGAGUUCUGUCCCCAAACUCGCAGGUUUACAGAGAUGUGGAAAGAGUUGUAGGCUUAGGUGGAUAAAUUAUUUGAGACCAGACUUAAAGAGGGGAGCAUUCUCUCAAGAUGAAGAGAGCUUGAUUAUUGAGCUCCAUGCUGCGUUAGGGAACAGAUGGUCUCAGAUUGCAACUAGGUUACCAGGAAGAACAGACAACGAGAUCAAAAACUUUUGGAACUCAUGUCUUAAAAAGAAGCUGAAAAUAAAAGGCAUUGACCCAACAACACAUAAACCCUUAGUAAGCGACCUUCAAACUCUUAACGUCAUAGAUCAGAAGCUGACGUCAUCAACUACUUCAGAAGUAUCAAAGUCAACGAGUUUGAUAAUAAACAACCAUGAUCAGUCGAUGGUCAUCUCAUCACAACCAGGUCCGUGUUGGUUCCCGGAGAUCAAGACGACGGCUAAUCAAAACGUUGCGUUUUGCUUCAGUUCAAGUACUACUACACCAACAGUUUUAGACCAGAUGAGUUCAAAUUUCAACCCUGUUCCAAACAAUUGGGAGCUCAGCUACUGCAAAAACACAGUUCCAUCUCAGAGAAACAGUAUUUAUAAUGCUUUCUUUGGUAAUCAUUACACAGAAGCUAGUCAAAUCAUGAAUAAUAAUAAUAAUCAUGUAAUGGAUCCUCAUUAUCAUGAAGACAUGAAGUCAUGGCCAUCAGAGAUUCUUCAUUACACAGAACAUAACCAAAGUUCAGAAACUGGUUUAAAAGCAGAAGUGAAGCCAGACAUUGCCAAGUACUACUUGGGAUCAUCGUCAUCACUAAACGAAAGCGCCGCGAGAUUACUGCAUAAUGCUGAGGUUGAUUUGUACGGUACAAACCUUCAGAAGCUUAAUAACAUGGCGUUUCAUCAGAGCCUUUAGAUUAUUAACAUGUGCUAGAGAGUGCCUAAAUAGUGUUUUUUUUUUUUCAUUUUCUAUCCACGUUCACGGACCGGAGUUUAUUUGAUUGACAUAUAUAAAUAUAUAUAAUAUUCUGCAUGUAUUUAAUUAAGUAUAUAUAUGCUUUUUUUUUUACCAAGGUUGAGUUGGCCUAGUGGUAAAGGGGUUGCGGCUGUAACUUCCGCCACUUGGGUUUAACUCACGGUGGAAAGGACUAUUUACAAUGCUUAGGUUCCUGGCAAAGAGGUGAAAACAUCUUUUUUUAUAUAUAUGCUUUUGGCUGUGUAAAUUUUCUCCUAAUGUAUUUUUCCGCGUGCUUAGAUGUAGUUAAUUUUUCAUCUUAUUCCUUGUCAUGAGUUUGAUCUUAAUAGAGUGUCACGUUAAUUUUUUUAUAUAUCUUUCCUUGAGAAAUGUUAUUCACUGAUUAUAAAAAAAUUUCAGAAAAAGAACAAACACAACCUAGAAAAUAAAGUAAAAAUGUCCCGGUCAAGAUGGGCGGUGUUUUUCUUUAAGAAGAGGUUAAUAGAUCCUAACUUGGAGUGGGGACUUAUUCGGAAAAGUGAUUCCGGACAACGAGAUGCAUGCGUGAGCAAUGAACCCACAAAUUUGUACUAUUAAACAUAUAUUAACAAGUGUGCCUCAUAUUUUUUUCUUUGUUUUUUACAUUACAAAGUAUAUCGACCGUAUUUUCAUUUAUGAAUAUGAUAAUAUCCAUAAAUUUAGAAUAUAAUUCAAUAAAAUGAUUUUGGAAUAUGUUUUGUAAAAGCUAGGAAUUCACAUAUCUUAGAAUUACUAUUUAAUCAUUACGUUUACUAUAGAUAUAUGGAAUAUUAGAACUUAUAAUACUAUAAGAAAGGAUAAAUUAAUUUGACAAAUAAUCUAAUUUUUGUUUAGUGUUAAUGUUUUGUUUAUGCAUAAAAUAAAGAUUGUCAUAAAAUAAAAGAUUAUUAUGUAAAUAAAAAAAACUUGACAUCAAAAUGAAGUUGUGAAUAGUGUUCCCUCAAAUUUGAUGGAAUACUGUUCAUAUACUCAUUUUUUCCCUCAAAGUGAUGUAUUAUUGGAGAUAAGUUUCCCUCAUUUUUUGAUGUUUUCCUUCAUUUUGAUGCACCAUUGGAGAUGUUAUUAACUCUAAACCAUAAGUCUAGAUUAGUUAACCCUUUAAUAAAAGGGUUUUUAGUAAUUAAACCCCUCAACUAAAGAUUAAUCGUAAAAUAAACCCCCAACUAAAAAUCUUAUGAAAUAAAUCCCCAACUUUAAUUAUGUUAACAUAUAUUAUCCUCCGUUUAA